AUGAGAUCAGUUAAGUGUGUGGUAAUCGGUGAUGGUGGUGUCGGUAAGAGUUCCUUACUGAUAUCGUAUACAACCAAUACAUUCCCACAAGAUUACGUACCAACAGUUUUCGACAAUUAUUCUACUACCAUAGCGUUAAAGGGCAAGACUCCAGAACAAGAACCAAGAUUAUUUAAGUUAAAUUUAUGGGAUACAGCAGGUCAAGAGGAAUAUGACACUUUAAGACCGUUGUCAUAUCCACAAACUGAUAUAUUUUUAAUUUGUUUCUCAGUAUCGGAGCCUUCAAGUUUUGUUAAUGUCAAAGAAAAAUGGUUGGCUGAAGUCAAACGAAUAGCCGGAAUUACCAAUUCUGAUUUGUACAGGGCUGAAGGUAAAUAUCCAAUUUUACUAGUAGGUACUAAAGCAGAUUUAAGAGAAAAUGAAGAACAAAAGGAUAAAUUACAUGCAAUGAACUCUGAUUUUAUAUCUCAAUCAGAAAUCAAUAAAUUAGUAGAUGAAUGUAAGUUCGCUGGUUACGUCGAAUGUUCAGCUGCUACUCAAAUAGGUGUCACUGAAGUUUUUGAAACUGCAGUUGAAUAUGCCGUUUAUGAAGAAAAAUUGAAUAAACCAAAGAAAGAAGUUCGCAAGAAUUCCUCAAAGAAAUACGAGCAAAAGAAACAGGCAAAACCUGAAUCGAUCACAGCUUCUAGUAACAUAAAUUCAGAUAACAUUGCACAAUCAUCUCAUAGAGCAUCAUCUCCUAAUGUUAAUGGAAGUGCAACAGCGGCACCAAAGAUUUUAGCAAAACCAGUUACGUCAAAUCAGAAAAAGAAGUCUUCUCCAAGGAAAAAGGUUGUAAAGCCAAAAAAUUGCAUAAUAAUGUAA